ACUGGUCUGCUUGGCCGUACUCUUGGUUCAGGAGACAGUGGAGAGCAAAGAAGAAUCCAGGACGCGCAUGUCAACACGUUCAUUGAGAUGUCGAAGACCAAUCCUUCCGGAUUCCGUGGAAUAAUGAAAAUGAACCCAUCUGAAUCUGUGGACCACAUCCGCCGCAUGCGAGUGCAUGGGCAGGCCGACGCCUACCAACAAGGCCCUGAACGUGCUGCGAGCGAUGUUUCUGUGACCAACCGACAUGCGCCUCCAUCCACUCACAUCGACAUCGAGCGUCCACUGCUCUCUCAUACAGAGGCGCACGACGGAGAGUGUGGUUUGAUGGAUGGUCGAUAG